CCUCGAGCGAGCACUUUGCUACAAAAACCUCGCCCACACAUACACACACCUACGUUCGAAGUGCCCCUCCCCGUCCUCUCAUAGACCUCGAGUACUCUUCGUCCCCGUCCCGUCUGAGCAUUCCGAACAUGAAGACCUCCGCACUCCUCGUCGGCCUCGCGGCGACCGCGGCCACCGCCAUCCUCGAGCCCGGCAUGCCUCUACACCUCGUCUCCAACCCUUCCCCCUCAGACGCCGACGCCGCCCGCAUCCCGACCUCGUACGAGUCCGCCGUCAUGGGCCGCCGCAUCCUCGCGCGAACCAAACUGGCCGAGCUCUCGACCGUCUUCCCGGCCGGCGCGCGCUCCGCCUCGGGUGGCGACCUCUCCGGCAUGCCCAUCGGCCUGAUGGACUACGUCGCUGACUGCGAGGGGGGCGGCAACCCCACGAUCCUGGCCAUCACCAUUGCCACCUCCUUUAAGAACGUUCGCGCCGGCUCCAACAUCUCCCUCUCCAUGCACUGGAUCCCACCCUACCCGCCCGCGAAGCGCAUCUCCCUCUUCUCCUCUCUCAGAAACAAACUCUUUGGCUCCUCCGGAGCCGCGGCUGCCGCCUCGCCCGACACCGUUCCCUACUCCGCCGCCAACCUGCCGCGCUUCUCGCUGCUCGGCUACCUUGAGAAGAUCCCCGUCGACCCCGUUACCUCCCUCAAACUCGCCCACUGUUUCGUCGACAAGCACCCGGAUGCCAAGUACUGGCUCCCCGGCAGCCCCGUCCACGAGUCCGAGUGGGUCCGCUUCGUCGUCACAUCCGUGUACUGGAUCGGCGGCUUUGGCGACCGCGCCUACAUCGGCUGGAUCCCCCUCGAUGAGUGGCAGAACGUCACGCGCGAGGAGUACGAAUCCAUCGAGCUUCCCGGUGAGAAGCGUGGCUGGGAGGAGUGGAGCGCAGACAGCUGGUUUGACGGCGCCGACCUCUAGCCGAGGGGCACAUUGAAGGGCGGUUCGGUUUUGCACGGCCUACAGCACCUGGGUCGGCCACGGGGUUGUCGAUUUCGAGCAGGCGGCGCGCGUCUUUUUGGGAGGGGGUAACGAUACCAGUUCAGGGUCGAAUAGUGUUUUCAGGUCUCCUCUCUUGAGGCAUCGGCCAAGAAUCGGUUCAGGUGUGCCUGUAAUUCCCUCUGGCGAUGGAUAGAUGAUUUGUGUUUGUUUGCCAGCUUUACGAACAAGGUCCUUUCGCUGUAGGCUACUAUUCAGGUUUUGGCAUGCGCUGUUGCACGAGACAUACCUUCGCUAAACAAAGUCACACAAGAA